CCCCGCCCGCAAGUGGGAGUCGCCCGGCAACAGGGCUUCGCUGUGGAGCUGACCCGGGCGCUCUAUGGCAGAAAGAGAAUAUCCUGUAUUAAACUUGUCCCAAAAUCUAAAAGAAGAAUAGUGUGUGAAAUAAUGGCAACCGGAGACUUAAAAGGAAGUUUACGCAAGCUAGAACAAGGACUUCGCUUGUUAAACUAUCCUAGAGAUGUGGAUUACACAGGCAGUUUUGUAAAGGGUGAUCCAGCUGCGUUUUUACCCAUCAUCAGUUAUUCCUUCACGUCCUUCUCAACUUACAUAGCAGAACUUUUGGUGGAAUCUGAUGUAGAGCUCACGGCUAAAAGCGAUUUGCGUUUUAUUGAAGCUAUCUAUAAGCUACUUCGAGAUCAGUUUCAAUACAAACCAGUUUUAACAAAACAGCAGUUUCUCCAGUGUGGCUUUGCAGAAAGGAAAAUACAGAUUGUUUGUGACGUUAUCAGUGUUGUGAUGAAAAAGCAUAAGGAAUUAAGUAAUAUGAAUAAGGCUAAAUCUCAAACAAGAAAAAAAAACAGGUCUUUAAAAUCUGAGUCACAGGCAAAUUGUGAGAAACUUCUUGCUGACCCUGUUAUUUGCAGGACUGUGAUUUCUCAGCAGAAACCUCAAGUGGAACAUCACCCAGAUAGUGAAGUUAAUGUGCAUGGCUAUAAUACAGCCAUUCCAGUAGAAGAAGAUAGUGAAGAAGAAUCCUGUGUAGCUGAUGAUGUUUUAGAAGUUGUGUGUGAACAAGCCACAGAAGAUAAUAGUCAAAUCGAGCUGCUAAAGAGCCAGCUUGCUGAUUGCCAAGAAAAACUUCAUAAGCUAAAUUGGAUGGAAGAUAAACUACAUGUUUUAGAAGAGAGACUGAAAGGGAAGGUGAUUAUAGAUGAGAAGGACUGGAAUAGUCUCCUGAGCCGGGUCUUGCUUCUCGAAACAGAACUGUUAUUGCAGUCAAAAAAGAGUGACUUAUCUACAGAAUUUAACAAUAUGAGUGAAGACCAUACCUCUAGUAGGAAUAUGACUCCAAUUUCUCCUGAUAUUGAGAGGAAGGAGGAGAUGCCAGAGUGUCUUCAUCAGUCGUCUGGAUACAGUUCACUAUUAUCCACAGACCCAUCUCCUAAAGCCGUAACCAUUAAUUAUCAUGGUUUGACAGAGAUUUCAAAGGAGACAACAAGACAAAGAAUGGAAAGGAUAAGUAAAAUGAUUGAAGAAACUUCAGAAUUGCUGAAAAAUUCAAAGUAACACAUCGUAGACAAUUUUCUGUCUAGACUUCUGGAUCUCAAAACUAUUAUGUAAAUUUGUACAAUUUUAAAGUUAUUUUGAAUAUAUUAUCAGUUUUAAGGACUAUAAUUGUUUUAAAAUUGUU